CAAAAAAACCAAAGACCAAUAUCAAUAAACGAGAAACACAAAAAAGUAAAAGCAGCAAAAAUCAGAGAAAAAAUAUUUGAAAAGGCACCAAGCAAAUCAAGCCGAAUAUAAAAGGAAAUUGUAAUUUUUUGCCACUUCAAUCUUUUUUUUUUUGCCCAUUCACGUGAUAAGAAAAUGGUAAAAGACCUCAGAUAGACAUAUAGAUUGUAUGCACAAUUUUCAAGAGGUGGGGACAUAUAUUUCCCGAUUUCGAUUUCGAUUUAAUGUGAGUGCCGGGCGGGCAAAUACAAAUAAACAAACAAAUCAAGCACAAUAGAGUUCUCUUACAUUCCGUUCCGAUUCACACUCCACCAUUCCGGCGCGUUUGAUUCUACGGAAAAUGCAACACAAAUAUUAGCAAUGCCAUAAAACAAUAAACCCGAACGUAUUAAUUGCAAUCUUGUGAUAGUGAAAAUAUGGAAACGAAAAGCCAAGCGAAACGGGAAUAACAAACAAAAAGGAGAGUUUACAACGAAAAGUUGCAGAGAAACGAGCUACGGCAAAUAUCAACAGCUGGAAAAAGCAAAUCAUAAGUAAACACUGAGGACAGGACCAGACAACCGCACAGGACGAGGGAUAAACGUGGUAGUUGCCAUGAGAGCAGCCUCGGGUGUUGACCAGGAGUGAAAGGAUCUGGGAAAAGUGGACCGCAGCCACAGCAGCAGCAACAGCAGCAAUAGCAGCAGCAGCAAUAGCAACAGCGCAACAGCUGCUGCAGCAAUCCAAACAGCUGCUACAUCCAAGAGCAACGAGCAACGAGGAGCAUCGAGCAACUGGGAACAACGAGGGCAACAAUAAGAGCCGCCAGAGACAACACCCGCAAUCAAAUCAAAUUCAAAGAUGCAAAUUGCAAUUUGCAUACGAAUGCAUGCGCACCAGACGAGCAACAUCACCACAAACUGCAGCACAAAUAACAAAAGCCUCGCAAAUUGUUGUCAAAUGCUAUAAAAUUGAACGGAAUAACUCUGGAGCACACUUGCGAAACAUAUCAUUGAGCGGGCAGGGUAGGGUUCAAGUCAACAAAUCAACAUGAUCAAGGGCAUUCUGAUACAGCGCAAGAGCCAGGAGGAUGCCAGCUACACCAAGCAGCUCAAGAUGGAGCACGCCGAUCUGGUGGCCGAGAUGCAGACCGUGGAGAGCCUGCCCACCCACGAGCGGCUCCAGCUAGCCAGACUACGUCGUGCGCAGCAGCUGAAGCUGUCCCGCCAGAAGGACAAGGAGUGGGCCAAGUUGCAGCGGGCGAAGGGCAACACUUCCAGCGGCGGCAGCGGAACCGGUUCGCUGGGCAAUGGGCUGAUGAACGGCAACGGAGAUACCACGCACCACUUCCGGCACGCCAAUGGAUCUGGCACGUUGAGCGGCAGGCGGCACAUAUCCUUCGAGAACAGCGUGGUCCUCCUGGAAGCCGCAUCCCGGAACGACAUGCCCGAGGUGGCCGCCCUGCUGCAGCACGGAAUCACGCCGGAUGCCGCAAACGAGGACGGACUGACGGCGAUGCAUCAGGCGUGCAUCGAUAACAACGUCGAGAUGCUGCAGCUGCUGCUGGAGUACGGUGCGAAUGUGGAUGCGCAGGACAGUGAUAAGUGGACGCCCCUUCAUGCGGCUGCCACCUGCGGCCACCUCGAGCUCGUACGCAUCCUCAUCCGGCACGGCGCCAAUCUGCUGGCGGUCAACACCGACGGCAACAUGCCCUACGACCUGUGCGACGACGAGAACACCUUGGACUUCAUCGAGGGCGAGAUGGCUCAACGGGGUGUGACCCAGGAGCUCAUCGACGAGACGCGCUCCUCCACGGAGCGGAUUAUGCUGCGCGAUCUAAUGGAGUUGGCCCGCACAGGAGGGGAUUUGGAGGAGCCGGACUAUCAGUGUGCAACGCCGCUUCACAUAGCUGCUGCGAAUGGAUACGUCCGCGUUGUGGAGUUUUUGUUGGAGCAGCAUGUCAACGUAGAUGCCAUGGACAAGGAUCUGUGGACUCCGGUGCAUGCCGCCGCUUGUUGGGGUCAUCUUGAGGUGCUGGAGAUGCUGGCCCAGUGUGGUGCUGAUCUGAAUGUUCGCAACAAGGACGACGAGACUCCUUCAGACAUCUGUGAAGAUCCCGAGAUCAGGGAGCGAAUCGAGCAGCUGAAGACGGAACAGGAGAGCAAACGACUGGCCGAGGCGCAGCGACGACGCGUUCGACGCUCACAGAGCAACAACACAAGAGCCCAAUCAGUGCGACGCACUAGUUUGCGAGACAAAACGCUGACAACCAAAAAGGAUGCCGUCGAGGAGACGCGGCUGCGUCUGCAGGCGCAGGAGGCGACGGACUCGGAGGCUCCCUCAUCGGGAGGCGAUCCGCUGACCAAUGGCUAUGGUUACGGAAACAACAACGGAGAGAAGCGUCCCUCGACGGGCAGUUCGAAUGGCCAACCACUGCCGCACUCCAAGUCCGCCGAUGCGCUGGAUAAUGCCAACGCCGCAUUGUCGGCCAAUGCCACACAUUCCUAUCCGUCGCGCCGGCCACCGGAUGGCCGGGAAAACGAUGAACUGCUCCGCCUGAAAGCCGCAGGUGCCGCGGGGGAGAUGCAGCGAGCCACCUCGGCGGCGGCCGUCAUCCUCACCGAGAAGGGUACGGCGGCCAGUGCCGAGGCCGUUCAGAUCCAGUCGUCGAAGGAGGCUGCCAACGGCAAGAUCAAUGUCCAGGUCACCGUCCUCGUGGACACAAAUAGCACGCACCACCAUCAGCAACAUCAACAGCAGCAGCAGCAGCAACACCACCACCAGCAACACGUACUGCUGUUGCAGCAACACCAGCAGCUUCAGCAGCAACAGCAACAGCAGCAGCAGCAGCAGCAUGUUGCCUUGGAUGGCUACAGUGCCACAUUGGCCAACUUGAAGAAGCAACGCUCGCUUUCACGCACCGCCAAUGUCCUCAAUACUUUCGAAUUGUCAUCCCAAUCAGCUAGCAAUGCCCAUCCAAUUGCCGCAGCUAGUGCCACAACAACUAAUGGUUCUGUUUUAGGAGCCGGCGGCAGCAGCAGCAACAACAACAACAACCUGAGCACCAGCAACAACAACAACAACGGAUCCGCACCGAUCUCGACGCAGCCAACAUUGGGUCACAUGGGCGCGGGAAGCGUGCUAUCCGACUUCGAGGGCUCCUCACCGGCGGGCAGUUCGCUGAACAAGUUCAGCGGCAUCACUGGCGACGUGGUCACCGAUAGCACCAGUUCCAGUCGCAGGUGUUGCGUCCUGAUGUAGAAGCUAGAGCAGCUAACUUGGCUAACUACUAGAGUCACAGGGUAUUAGAGCAGCCAGAAUUGUCAGAGGGAUGAUAGGCCAUUUGUUAAAUGGCAAGAAAAAAGUGUCUUUUUAUUAGAUUAGCCGUAUUCAGUGAGUGAAUUGUUGAAUGUUGAUUACACAAAUGCAUGUUGGUUUUGAGAACGGGGUUCGAUUCUGUGAGCUCCUAGAAAACGGCUGAAAGUCGUUGCAUUUUCCUAGCAGACACAACAACACACUAAAGACACACAACCAAUUAUACGAAACAAAUUUAUACAAAUAUACAACCAUAUGUAUACAUUUUAAAGAAUAUUAAAAGAAUUACAUAUAAAAUAAUUGUGAGCAGUUUACCUUAGGCGAUAUAUAACAACUAACUAAAUCAAAAAUGGAAAAACAUCAAAAAAUAUUUAUAUAGCAAUGCUAAGUAAGAACCUAACUUAAUAGAUUUGCUUGGAGUGCAUUAGGAAUAUCUGUUUUUCCGUGUGUGAGUGUUAGAACCGAAACAGGCAAAGUAUUAUGCGACAAGUAAAUAUUUAACUAAAUAUAUAGUAUGAUAGCGAAAUUGUAGUUAAACCGUGACAGCAAAGUAAAGCAAAGCAAUGAAACGAAAUGCAUAGCACUCAAGCAAUUUCCCAUUUAAGUGUCUACAUGUUUGAAUUUGAGGAAUGUUAAUGCCAGGCGGCAUAGAGAUUUAUUUUUUAAUGCAACUACUUUGCUCUGCGUUAUGUAAGUUGAGUUUUGUUGAGAGGUACAAGAAUAUAUGUAUUAUUUAUGUAGCAGCGGUCUUUGUAUAUAAACCUAAACAAUUCCAAAAGAUGCAAAAACAACGCGCAAUUAGCAAAUGAGACUUUUUCGAUGAAUGUCAAGGCAUUAGCUGAACGUUUUGUAAAAUAAACAAAUGAAAUACGAAAAAAUUA